AUGAACUUCAAACAAAACAAUACCACUUUGAACUAUAAGACUUUUGCGGCUGAUACAAGUGUGAAGAUUGUUAAUGGGGAAGAGGCCAACAUAGAAGAUCAUCCAUGGAUGGUUUCACUUCAGGCCAGAGAUAAUGAAGGCGGGACUUUUACGCAUAUUUGCGGAGGAGCAAUUAUUGACAGAAGUUGGGUUCUUACAGCUGGACAUUGUGUUAUUUAUCCUGUUUAUGAGCCAAAGAAUAUGAGAGUAGUAGCUGGAAGCUCUUUUUUAAGUCAGAUGAAACAGAUUAUUCCCUUGAAAAAAUACUAUGUGCACGAAGAAUAUGUUGGAGUUGGUGGGGAUAGUGUCGAUCCUGACCUGAUGCUACUACAGCUAAAGACGCCGCUUAAAUUUGGGUCUACCGUUAAUAAAAUCGACCUGGACACGGAUAUAGGGAAAAAUUAUACUGGUGAAUUAUGCACAAUAUCUGGAUGGGGAAAUACCAAUGCUACUGGGGUGAACUAUCCUGAUCGUCUGCAAGUAGUGUCAAUGCCUGUUGUUGCUAAAGACUACUGUAAGGCUUCCUGGUCUUUUCCAUCCAAGUCCUCGGUGAACAUCACAUGUCUUCAGGAUGGGAAAAAAGAUUCUUGUAAUAGAGAUAGUGGUGGGCCUUUGGUUUGCAGUAAAAAGCUAGUAGGUGUAUUAUCGUUUGGUCCUACCCCUUGCGAUGGAAGUAUUCCAAGUGUUCAUGUCACAGUUUCUGCUUAUACAGACUGGAUUAAAGAAAAACUUAAAAAUGAAAAUAAAAAGAAUAAAAAAGAUAAGAAAAGCAAGAACAAUAAAAGUAAUAACAAAGGAAAGAAAAAUAACACAGACAAGAAAAAUAACAAAGAAAAGAAAAAUAACAAAAAUAACAAAAAUUGAAUAUGACACUUGCAUGAAUUUCAUA